AUGCUAGAACAAACUACACCGGUUAUAACUACUAUUUCUGCAACCAAUUCAGAACUCAAUAACAAUACUUCUCAAAUAAUAGAGGGUAUUUCUGUUGACAAUAAUAACAAUCAUAAUUUAUCAAGUGAUGAACAAAUUGAAACUAUCAAGAAUAUUUCCAUCAUCAAUAUUCCCAAACCAGAAACACUAGACCAACUAGAUCAAUUAAUCUAUAGAUACAGAUCCAUAUAUGAUAAAAUUACAAGCACAUUUCCAUCUCCAAAUGAACAUCCUAAUAAUCUAACAGAUAUCAACACUAAAGAAAAUAAUGAGAAUGUAAAACUAGAAAUCAAUGCAAUUGAAAGAGUCUUAGAAUCAAUUUCCAAUGAUCACCAAUAUUAUAAAGAAAAUCUAGCUCAUUUAACUAAAACAAUGAAACAAGAUGCUAUUUUGGAUGAUACAGAAAUUUUCAAAGAAAUUUUAGCCCUGCAAUUGUUAGAAAAAAACCUAGAUAUUCCAGAGGGGUUACUCGAUAUUGAUGAAGAAUCAACAAACAACUCAACAACUCUGAGAAAUAAUGACUUAACACAUAGUAAUUUAAAUAAUCUAUCUUUAAACAAAAUAUCUAUUUCACCUAAUUUCGAUAUCACCAUCAAAAAUUUUGGUCUUGAAAACAAGUUUUUUAAUAAUAAUAAUAAAUCUAUACUAGGUCGUUCAGAAAAUGAGGAUAUUGUAUCAAAUCAAAUAGCUCAGAGAAUAUAUGAAUUGGAACGGUUACCAGGGAACUUGGGUACAUAUUCUUUAGACGAUUCUUUAGAAUUUUUAACCAAAUAUGAUUUACCUACAAAUAUUGAUAAAUUAAAAUUAAAAGCAUUAGUUGAAUUAAAAUCUUUAAAAUUGUUAACAAAACAAAAGCAACUCAGGCAAAAAUUGGUAAACAAUGUAACAAGUCAAGCGCACCAUCUGAUUCCGGAAUUGCGUGAUUCACCAUAUACAAUGGCAGCUCAAAGAUCAGUUCAAGUGAGAACCAAAGUAAUAGUACCACAAACUGCAAGAAUAGCGGAAGAAUUGGAGAGGCAACAAUUUUUAGAAAAGAGGAAAAAGGAGCGUACCAUGCAACAACAAAAAAUAAAUAUUCUGAUAGAAUAUCAGCAAGAAAAAAGUGAAAAUCAUUGGUCAUUACGUGAUCGUUGUAAUCAUUUUGGUAAACUUUGUCAAACUACUCACACACAAAUCGAGAAGGAUGAACAAAAGAGAAUAGAAAGAACUGCAAAACAACGUUUAGCAGCUUUAAAAUCUAAUGAUGAAGAAGCUUAUUUGAAAUUAUUAGACCAGACAAAAGAUACAAGAAUCACUCAGUUAUUAAAACAAACUAAUAACUUUCUGGAUUCCUUAUCUCAAGCCGUUAGAGUACAGCAAAAUGAAGCAAAAUUAUUAAGGGGUGAAGAGAUUCCAAUUAUUUCUGAUGAAGAAAGAGAGAAAAUUGAUUAUUAUGAAGUAGCCCAUAGAAUCAAGGAGAAAAUUGAAAAACAGCCCUCCAUAUUGGUUGGUGGUACUUUGAAAGAAUAUCAAUUACGUGGAUUAGAAUGGAUGGUGUCUCUUUAUAACAAUCAUCUUAACGGUAUUUUAGCUGAUGAAAUGGGUUUAGGUAAAACUAUUCAAUCCAUUUCAUUAAUUACGUAUCUUUAUGAAAUUAAGAACAACCCUGGCCCAUAUUUGGUUAUUGUUCCCCUAUCCACAAUUACAAACUGGACAUUAGAAUUUGAGAAGUGGGCGCCAAGUUUGACAACUGUAGUAUAUAAGGGUACACCAAAUCAAAGAAAGUCUCUACAACAUCAAAUUAAAAUUGGUAACUUUGAUGUUUUACUAACUACAUACGAAUAUAUUAUUAAAGAUAGACCUCUAUUAUGCAAACAUGAUUGGGCUCACAUGAUUAUCGAUGAAGGUCAUAGAAUGAAAAACACCCAAUCGAAAUUGUCUUCGACUAUUCAGCGUUAUUACAAAACACAAAAUAGAUUAAUUCUAACUGGUACACCGUUGCAAAACAAUUUACCAGAGUUAUGGGCUCUACUGAAUUUUGUGCUUCCUAAGAUCUUUAAUUCUGCAAAGACAUUUGAAGAUUGGUUCAACACACCAUUUGCAAAUACAGGCACUCAAGAGAAAUUAGAAUUAACCGAAGAAGAAACUUUAUUAGUUAUUAGAAGAUUGCAUAAAGUAUUAAGACCUUUCUUAUUACGUCGUUUGAAAAAAGAAGUUGAAAAGGAUUUACCUGAUAAAGUUGAAAAAGUGAUUAAAUGUAAAUUAUCAGGACUUCAACAACAACUAUACGAACAAAUGUUGAAACAUAAUGCUUUGUUUGUAGGAGCUGGUACAGAGGGUGCCACUAAGUCUGGUAUUAAAGGUUUGAACAAUAAAAUUAUGCAAUUAAGGAAAAUCUGUAAUCAUCCAUUUGUUUUCGAUGAAGUUGAAGCAGUUGUCAACCCUUCAAGAGGUAAUUCAGACAUAUUAUAUCGUGUGUCGGGAAAAUUCGAAUUGUUAGACCGUAUUCUACCUAAGUUUAGAGCAUCGGGCCAUCGAGUGUUGAUAUUUUUUCAAAUGACACAAGUUAUGGAUAUUAUGGAAGACUUUUUAAGAAUGAGAGACCUAAAAUAUAUGAGAUUGGAUGGUGGUACUAAAGCUGAAGACAGAAAUUCCAUGCUUAAGUUGUUCAAUGCACCUGACUCUGAAUAUUUCUGCUUUCUUUUAUCAACAAGAGCUGGUGGUUUAGGUCUAAAUCUUCAAACAGCUGAUACGGUUAUUAUUUUUGAUACAGAUUGGAAUCCACAUCAAGAUUUACAAGCCCAAGAUAGAGCCCACAGAAUCGGUCAAAAGAAUGAAGUCAGAAUUCUAAGACUGAUAACCACUGAUUCUGUGGAAGAAGUCAUUCUUGAAAGAGCUAUGCAAAAAUUAGAUAUAGAUGGCAAAGUCAUCCAAGCAGGUAAAUUCGAUAAUAAAUCAACUGCAGAAGAACAAGAAGCAUUUUUAAGAAGAUUACUUGAAAAUGAAAGUUCUAAGGACAAUGAUGGCUCCGCUGAAUUAGAUGAUGAUGAAUUAAACGAAAUAUUAGCCCGUAGUGAUGAAGAAAAAAAACUAUUUGAUCAAAUGGAUAAAGAAAGAAUUUCAAACGAGGUUAAAGCCGCCAAAAAACUACAUUUGAAGAAACCACUUCCAAGACUAAUUCAACUGAACGAAUUACCAUCUGUAUUUACUGAAGAUAUUUCCAAACAUUUGGAACAUGAACCUGAGGAAAUGAACAAAACCAGAAGGACGAAAAGGGUAUAUUAUGAUGAUGGGUUAACAGAGGAACAGUUCUUGGAGGCUGUUGAAAAUGAAAAUAUUACACUGGAGGAAGCUAUUGAGAAAAAGCGCCAAGAGCGUGAAAGAAGACAACGUAAGAAAAAAUUAAAAGAAAAGAAUACUGAAAACAAGCUUCCAGAAGAUAUGCCGCAUAUAGAUAAAGAGAUAGAGGAAAAUAAAGAGGCUAACACAACAAAUCACGUAUCAGCUGCAUCAAGCAAGGAACUUAAAGAAAAGGAAAAUGUCGACCAAAAGAUCCCUAAACAACCUAGACGUUCAACAAGACACAGAUCUAAAAGAAAAGCUGCUGUCUUAGAUAAUGAAGAUCAAAAUACCCCCUCCGAAAAAUUAAAUGCUUCCUCUUCAGAUAUUGCUAAUUCCGAAGAGAUUAAUGAUCCUCAAGUCAAGAAACGUAAACUAAGAGUAAAAGUCAGCCUAAAAGGUGCUGAAAUCAUAGAUGACAUAUCUUUGAAUAAUGAGGAACAAAAUUCAAAAAAAGUAAGCAACCCCCCCAAGCCAGUGGUCAAAAUUGUAAAUAAGAAAUGCAAAGCCAAGAAGCUAGAUGAUGCCAACGACAAUAGCACCACUUCAGACUCAAAAAGUAAACAAAAGCAACCUCAUGUUAGAGUUAAAGUCAAGGUUGUUAAGAAAGCUCCAACCAAAAAGGAUAUAAGAUUGCUUGUGGAAUCAUUAGUUAAUGAAAUACGUAAGAUCAAAGAUGAAACAGAUAAACAUUUAAGAACAGAAAUAUUUGAGGCCUUACCUUCAAAGAAAGAAUACCCUGAUUAUUAUGAAGUGAUUAAAACUCCGAUAUCUAUAGAAAAAAUUUUAAGUAGCGCAAAAAGACUUUCUUUUAAAACCUUAGAAGAUGUUAAAGAAAAAUUCGACAUUAUGUUUGACAAUGCAAGAUUUUAUAAUGAAGAAGGUUCCUGGGUUUACAAUGAUGCCACUAUAUUAAAGGAAUUUACUGAUAAAUGGUUCACUGACCAUAUAAGUCAAACAAAACCAUGA